CGCGCUGUGUCACCCUGUCCUGCCCAUCGUGUCACACACUUGCUGGGGGGUCGUCAGAGAGAAAAAGGAAGGGGCGGGCAGGAAAGCUGGGGAGGGGAGGGAGGUGAGAAGCCCCGAGCCGAUCGGGCCGAAGCAACGAGUGGGUCACUGGGUCACCCCGCGGAGACGUGGACCUUCAGCACGAGUGUCGGAUCAUCGUCAUUUGCAGCAUCGGCGCCGUAUAUUGUCAUCAUUGUUAGCGGUAGCAGCACAAAUAACAGUUACAUCAUCAGCAGCAGCAACAGCAGCAGUAUCAGCAGUUCAGCCAUCAUCAUCAGCAGCAGUAUCAGCAGUUCAGCCAUCAUCUGGAGCAGUUCAGCCAUCAUCAUCAGCAGCAGUAUCAGCAGGCAAGAUGCUGGGCAGGCGGCUCUGCUCGUCGUCUCUGGGGCUCGUUCGUCGCCCGGUCUCCCGGACCCGCCUCGCCCCGUGUCCACGGGGCCCGUGGCACGGAGGCCGCGGCGGGGCCGAGACAGCGGCGGCGUGCGGGAGGAUGGGCGCGGAGAGCGGGCACAGGAUGUUCGGGACGACCACCCGUUCUUGUGCCUUCGCCAGAGACUUGUUCAUGGGGAAGAUCAACAAGGAGGUGUUUCCAUUCCCAGAGAUCAGCAACGAGGAGUUGGAAGAGCUGAACAUGCUCGUGGGGCCCGUGGAGAGGUUCUUUGACGAGCAAGUGGACUCAAAGCGUAUAGACGCAGAGGCGCGCAUACCAGAGGAGACCCUGCGAGGACUCAAGGAGCUCGGCCUCUUUGGCCAACAGAUCCCCACGGAGUUUGGCGGCCUGGGCCUCUCGAACACCAUGUACGCGCGGCUGGUAGAGAUCACCUCACUCGACGGUUCCAUCGCUGUCACACUCGCCGCACACCAGGCCAUCGGCCUCAAGGGAAUUCUGCUUGUGGGCACCGAUGAGCAGAAGGCGCAGUACCUGCCACGGCUCGCCACGGGAGAACACACGGCCGCUUUCUGCCUCACAGAGCCGGGCAGUGGGAGCGAUGCAGCGUCGAUCCAGACGAGAGCUACGCUGAGUGAAGACGGCAAACAUUACCUCCUCAGUGGCUCCAAGAUCUGGAUCUCCAACGGCGGCACCGCGGACGUGCUCACGGUGUUCGCGCGCACGGAGGUGACGGACCCGGCGACGGGCGAGAAGAAGGACAAGAUCACGGCCUUCCUCGUGGAGCGCGCCUUCGGGGGCAUCACCAGCGGCAAGCCCGAGGACAAGCUGGGCAUCCGCGGAUCGAACACAUGCGAGGUCACGUUUGACGGAACGCCGGUGCCGGUGGAGAACGUCCUGGGGGAGGUUGGCGGAGGCUUCAAGGUCGCCAUGAAGAUUCUGAACGGCGGUCGUUUCAGCAUGGGCAGUGCCUCGGCUGGAAUGCUCAAGAAGCUCAUAGCAAUGUGCGCGGAGUACGCGUGCACCAGGAAGCAGUUCAACAAGCGGCUGAGCGACUUUGGGAUGAUUCAGGAGAAGUUUGUGAACAUGACGGUGAAGGCGUACGUGAUGGAGAGCAUGGCGUACCUGACGGCAGGCAUGAUGGACCGGCCGGGAGAGCUGGACUGCUCUGUGGAGGCUGCCAUGGUCAAGGUGUUCAGCUCGGAGUGCGCGUGGGAGUGCGUGAGCGAGGCGCUGCAGAUCCUGGGAGGCCUCGGCUACACCAAGGACUACCCGUACGAGCGCUACCUGCGCGACGCACGCAUCCUCCUCAUAUUUGAGGGCACCAAUGAAGUUCUGCGGAUGUUCACUGCUCUGUCGGGCAUUCAGUACGCGGGAAAGAUCAUGACGGACAAAGUCAAGGCAAUGAAGAAAGGAGACCUGUCUGCAUUCGGCAGCAUCCUGAAACGCAAAUUCGAGGUCAUGUUCUCCAGGAAAGUCGACCUGGGGCUCACAGGAAAAGACUGGGUCGUCCACCCAUCCCUGCAGGACAGCGCGCGGAUGCUGGAGGAGAACGUGUACGGCUUCGGCUGCAUCGUGGAGACGCUGCUUUUCCGCUUCGGCAAGACGAUCGUGGAUGAGCAGAUGGUGCUGAAGCGUGUGGCGGAUGUGGCGAUGAACGCGUACGCAAUGACGGCGGUGUUAUCUCGCGCCUCGCGCUCCAUCUCAAUAGGACUCCGCAACCACGACCACGAGGUGCUGCUGGUCAACACGUUCUGCACGGAAGCCUACUUCAAGAACACCUUUCUACUCACGCAGCUUUCCAAAGAGGCCGAAUUGAACAUGGACGCCAACUACAAGAAGAUCGCCGAGCAGGUGCUCACUCCGCGCCGCUACAUCUGCUCGCAUCCGCUGGAGCGGACCUUCUGAGGGCCACCGCAACACUCGUCCACUCCCGCCGUACCUAGGGGCCCUGAAUGCAACGUCUAUGCCUCGUUUCCACAAGACAUGCAGCUGGGGUCAACUCGAGUCUGGCCUGAUCUUCCCCAGAACCCCAGCUGUGAUUUUUCGAGUCACUUGAGAUAUCAGGUUAUUCCAAGACAUACUUGAGAGUCAAACGGUCAAGAUGAGGUUGCUGGCAAAAUUAAAUGUUAAUUGGUAAGUGUGAAAUGAAAUGUGAAAUUUAACGGCCCUGCCGACUACAACAGCUGUGAUUCACAUGGUUGGUUGGGUGAUGAAUUUCCUGACUUUGGGGUAGGGAAAGUCGUGCCAACCUGGGAUGCAAGGAUGGCCUGGAAAAUUCUGGCCUCGGCCCAUAUUGGCUGCCAAUUUGAGUUAAAAAAAAAUAUAAUAGAAAAGUGUUUCUGGGGCGGCAAAUUCGAGUUGAGUGUUCCGUGGAAUCUUCCGUGGAAACUAGAACGUGGACUCAUGGCACGAGCCUCUUGAACUAAACGUCCUCAUGAUGGGCACAACCACUUUCUGGGUGUUGGGCUUGAGAAUGCGUUCCAUUUCAUUAACGUGCCUCUAACAAGCGUUGUGCUGUAUAAAUGGCCUUGUGCUGGAAGCAGGAGUGCAUGUUAACCCAAGGGCGAGCGUGAAGAAUCUAUGGCCAAACAGGCCAAAUGGGGCCCGUGAGUUAAUUUUAUACGGCCCACAUCUAAAUGAGGCCUACAACUUCGAAAAAGGCAUGCCAACGAUACUCAUCCAUAACUGCAAGCAUCUUGGCCAUACUAAGCGCGUAGUACGAGUAGUAGGAGGGAAUAUUUUCUGUCUGGGAACACUGUAGUUCAGUGCACAGUCAAUGCAAAGAAGUCCUGAUCGUCAUCAAAGUAUAUUGGACGACUAAUUUGUGGCCUGCCAAAAGGCAUUUGAAAGUCCUUCAAUACGUUAAAGGCUCCCUGCCUCGGGCUGACCAUUGGAGAGCCAAGCGUGGUAGGGGGAUCGUCCAGCAGGGAUGCGUCUGACCCUCAGGCCGAGAUCUCACUGGCCCGUGAUACGGGCGCUCCUGGGCAACGCUUUGACGGCUGAUAUUUCACCCUCUGUCACUUGUUGGCCGGCACACGUGGAGUGUUCCUGUCUGCUGAAAUGUUCACCGCCGUAUUAAGAGCAAUAUUGCCUCAGGCUCACAUUUCUCAAAGCGCUGUAUGUAUACAUAUCGAACCUGGAUGAUUGAAGGUGGCGUGUUAUUUUGAAAUCAAUUUGAAGGUGUGAUGUGGGAUUGUUUUUGUUUGUUUGUGAGCCCGUAGUGUAUGUUGUUUUAAGAAUAAGGAUCUUGGUAAAUUAAACUAAAACUGAAAUACAACAAAGUGACUGUGACGCCAUCUCCAUUGUCGUCACUCUUCACGUUUUGAUUUUAAGAAGCUAUCCACGUAAAACUGAUUUUUGGGUUACAUCGCAAUAGUAAAAUGUGUCAUACACCCUCCUCCACCUCACACAGCCAAUUAAAAAGUGCUAUCAUGUGUGGGCAGGUCACUUCUGAAUAAGCUAUAUAGCUGAGCGAGCUUUACCUGGUAAAAAAAAAAUAGUUGAAAUAGUUUAUAAAGUUGUCACGUGAACAAAUGUGCCAAUGUAUUAUUUCAACAGCACACCAGUUAUGUUGGAGAGCAAUCCGGAACAUGUAACAAUUGGGUAGUCGCACGUUUGCUGGUAGUUACACAACCAGCAUCAUCAGGCAGUUUUCAACAUUUUUAAAAUGUCCCCUGGUUUUCGGGCCUUAAAUAGGGGGUGUGAUGUCAUCAACGUGCACCGACACUCGCAGGGAGUGACAGGAAUUGAUACUUAAAGGUUAAAUGUAUUCACAAAAUAUAUUAGAUUCUGAUAAAUUAUGUUAAAUCUGAAUCUUUAUCCUAGAGAAAUACGAAUUCAGAG